AUGCGAUUACUUUUAAUAUUCUUGUUGCCAGCAGCAUGCCUAGCAACGAAUACAAUUCGAUUACCUAUUCGACGUUCAUCCUCCUCCUCCAUUUCUGCACCCGAUCGUCAUCUUAAGCGUCGUUCAGUAUCACCUCACCAUGGUGCAGCCCAAUUGUAUAAUGAUGAAGGAUCCGAAUAUUUGGUGCGUGUAGGCAUUGGUACACCACCACAAAACUUUACAGUAGCAUUAGACACGGGAAGCUCCGAUUUAUGGAUACCAUCCACCGAUUGUCCAUUACAACUGUGUCCACUUAGGCGAUACGAUCCUGCACAAUCAAGUACAUAUGAAGAUACGGGGGAACCUUUUCGAAUCACCUAUGGCAUUGGUAAUGCGAAUGGGUCGUAUGCCAGAGAUACGGUGCAUUUGGGACAGCUUCAAGUAGAAAAACAACAAUUUGGACUUGCAAAAUUGACCGACAACAUUGUGGCACCGGGUCAAGAUAUGGAAGCCAUUGCCGCCAAUGACAUGGAUAACGACCACAUGUCCAAUGGGAUCUUUGGUUUAGGAUAUCCGGGAUUGACAGCGGCAAAAAAAUACGAUCCAUUUGUGUUUAGCCUGGCCAAGCAGGGGCUAUUAAACGAGCCUGUGUUUUCAAUCCACAUGGGCAGCUUGUUUGACAAGGGAUGGGCAGGUGAUCUAUUAUUAGGCGGCAUUGACACAUCAAAGUACCGUGGCAAUCUUGUUUAUGCACCUGUACGUCCUGCCAGCAGUGGUGAGCCACUCACUUAUUGGAUGUGUCAUGGUCAAGGCAUUCGCUUGUUGGAGGAUGGUGGUAACCAUGCCAAUGGUAGCACAGCAACAACAGCACUUGAUUUCAGCUUUACCCAAACCACACGAGGAUUCAUUAUUGAUACGGGUACCACGUUAACCUACAUGGACAAGGAUAUGGCUGAACCACUCGUUGAAGCUGUUGCAGGCACCAAUGUUGUCCUGGAUGAUGCAUCUGGCACUUUUAUUGUUCCAUGUCGUUUAGCUAAACGCAAGAGCCAAAACCUGCAUUUGGAGCUUGUUCUUUCUAAUUCGGAAACGCCUGUGGAGGAUCCUCCAGUCCGCUUGCAUGUGCCUGUUACCGAUCUCUUUAUUCCACUCGAUGGCGAUUCGCUCGAUACGGCCACACAAUGCAUGUUUGGUAUUGCUCCCUGGGUCAAGAACGAGGAAGAUAAUGAUACAGCCACUAAGCUCGGUAAUCGUGGCCUUGUUCUUGUGGGUGAUACGGUGCUGCGAGCUACGUAUCUCGUUUUUGACAUGGGCCAAAAUCGGAUUGGUUUUGCACAGGCAAUUGGCUCAUCCUCACGUGUAUCCGGUACCUCAUUUACAAACACGUCAACUUCAUCCAUUGCCAAUAGCGAUGAAAACGCCGCUACUCAUAUCAUCAUUCACCCGUCAUGGAAAAGAGAUGCCUUUAUUGCCGCCCUGAUAACCAUGCUGGUCAUGUUAACGCAAUAA